AUGGCGGAACAGAAAUGGUUGUGAAUAAACAAACUAUAACUGGGGAAUCUCAAUCUGAAAUAAUUUAAAAUUCUGUAAACAAUUGUUAUCAAAGUGAAAGCUACGCUAUUUGUCUUACAUUCACACUUUAUUUAAAUAAUUCCCCGAGCCCAAGCAAUAAGUCUGCAGCGGAAGAGCAAGAUUCUAAGUAAUAAUUUUGUUAUAUUCAUAGUACACAAAUAAUUUGUUAUAUAUCCCAUAAUGGAACAGUGCUCGAAAUACGAUUCCUCUGGUUGUAUGAACUCAGACUUGGAAACAAGCAGUUCCACAGGGGACCAAUCUAAUCAAGAAUACUCAGAAAGUAAAUAUACUGUGGUGAAUAAAUCCUUACCUUUAAUAGAGAAUGCCACCAAUUUCCACCCACUGAUGACAAUAUCACCAGUAAUGGGCAUGUCUCCUGAUUUUCCUGAUUUAAUCCCAGAAAAGGCAAAAAAUAAAUAUAAAGAAGUUAAGUUUAACCCAGAAGCACAUAGUACCACAUUAGAACAUAGUUCUGAUUCUAAUGAUUCUUUUGAAAGGCAACUAAAUAUGCCUAUAUUGGAAUAUGAUGAUAAAUUGCCAGAGUUUCCCAAAAGCCCUUCGGCACUUAAAAAACUUCUGAUGUAUGAUUUACCAGUGGAAGGAUCUUAUGACCCUACCAGUGAUACAGAAAAUGAUAAAUCUAUCUAUGAGGCCCACUUAAGUUCUAAUUUGCAAAGAGUUUCUCUCACAAUGAAUGAAAAAGAAGGAAAUCUUAACUUUCUGGCUCACAACAAAAGAAGCAAUAAAUUAAGGCGAAUAAGACUUGUACAAGCCGAUUUCCAAAAGAGUGAUGUUUCAUCAUUAGACAGUGAUUCUGAUGAUAGCCUAAAGUCAGAUAUAUUUGAAGAUGAAGGUGAAAAGGUCAAAGACUUGGAUGAAGAUACCAACUCUUCAGAGCCUAUAGAGCCACUUAGUGCAGCAAAAGAAAGGAGGCAUGCUAGAAAUUGGCAGAGAAUGAUAUUGCCUGGCGGAGAACACAGAACUAUUGAUAUGAGAGUUAUAGAGCCUUACAAAAGAGUGCUUUCCCAUGGUGGUUACUUAAGAGCAGGAGGUCACACAGCAAUUGUUUUGUUUGCCGCUUGCCAUUUGCCAGAUAAAUCUAGAGUUGAUUAUGAUUAUGUAAUGGAUAAUCUAUUCUUAUAUGUUUUAUGGACCUUAGAGAGGUUAGUUACAGAAGAUUAUGUAAUGGUGUAUCUCCAUGGAGCUGCCACACGUUUACCAUCUUUUUCUUGGUUAAAAAGGUGUUAUCAAAUGAUUGGUAGAAAACUGAGGAAAAAUUUGAGCCAUUUAUAUAUUGUACAUCCCACACUAUGGAUUAAGACUAUGCUGUACAUGUCCAAACCAUUUAUAAGAAUUUUUGUAUACUUUCAGUUCCAAAUUCUACAGAAAAAUCUCAUUUAUAAGCAGUAUAAAAGACUUAUUAUCGAGAGUUCCUUUGGAAGCUGCUGCAAUACCAGAUAAAGUAAAAGCCUAUGAUAGCCUACAUGGAACUUCGUAGAUAACACUUUUAGUUAAGUUUCUAGGCAAUACUCGUUUUCAAAACUUUUUAGGAAAACAUAGAAGAAAGUUUAUGAAAGCUUUAAAUUAUGAAAAACGUAAUAUUUUAAGGUCUUUGCCUAUUUUAAUCACACUUGAAAAUCGACUACAGAUACAUUCCUUUCUGAAUAUGAUAUGUUUAUAUAUCAGGGAAUUAAAAUUAUCUUUUCAAUCCUCUUCAUAAAGUGAUAUAUAUUUUACCAAAAAAUUGCGUAUUAUUAUUGCAGUCAUAAUUAUAAACUUUUAAGUUUUUGAUACCAGGGCCAGUAAAAGACUUGCUAUUGAAAACGGGACGUUUACUAUAGUCAGGUCUUUCUAAAGAUUAUAAAAAAAAAACAAUAACGCUCCUAAUAGCAGAAGAAGCUAAAAUUUGUCCUUAAUUUUGUUUUAUUCCAAUAUUAUAAAAAGUAAAAAUAUAGCAGACCGUGAGUCGGCUGAGCUGACUAGUGAGGACUAUUGUUACUUUUUUCUAGUUUUAAGAAGUUAAACUUUCAUACAAUGGAAAAAUCUUGUGAUAAUAUUUAGUUGAAUAUAAAAUAUUCCAUUUUAAAAAUUUUUAGAAUAACCUAGUGACUUUUUUAUGGUUUUUUUGGCCCUACGUUAUAUUUUUUCAUAAGAUCACGUCGUAAAGUCUCCCUAUUUAAUAUCUGAGAGGGAAAAAAUUACAAAGUUGAAAAACACUACAGCAAUCUAUAUUACCCAAACCACAGUAAACCUUUUUAGUUAUUUUCGUCAUGACUUUACGUCGCCUAUGUAGGUCCAAUUUGAUUAAGGCUCUCAAGUCGUUUUAUUCAUUUACUUAGGCCAAUGUAAAUGUCUAUAAUUUGAAAACAUUUCGACAAACUGGACAAUUUCCACCAAAUAUUGUUUUAAAUAAUAUGACAAAUUGAUCCAAAAAGUUCAAUUUUUUUAGUGCAAGUAAUAUCACACAAGAGUUUUUUAAAAAUUUUUUCCAAAAUCAACAGGCAGGUGUAUGAUCAAAAGUAAUUUGACAAAAAUAUCGAUGUGGAUGCCAAACUUGAAACUUUGAUUUAUUGGUUGUGUGCGAUAUACUUAACUUGAAUAUUUGUUAUAAAUCUUGUGAUAAAAUUGAUAUUUAAAAAAGUUUAGGAAUGACCUUACGAUUGUUCGUGUUUUAUUGGCCCUGGAUUAUAUUUUUUAAUGUGAUGCUAUCGUAAAAACUUUCCCGAUUCAACUUCUGAGCGAGAAAGGAUGUGAAAUUUUAAAAACACUGAAUCAAUCUUUAUUACCUUAUGAUAGAGUUUACCUGGCUUAGCGUUGGGAGGAUAACUUAUCUUAGGGUAAUAAUUUUAGGAAUUCUCUAGUUGUCUAAAGUUUUUGUAAAUAGUUUAUGAGCGUUUUAAUAACUGCGACAACAAAAAUUACUGAAAUCUAUCCAAAAUAUAACUGUCAACAUUUGCUUGUGCGAUUGUAUUUAAAGGUAUUAAAACAACUCUCGACAGCCAACGAACUAACGGAUUUUCAAUACAGGUGAUUCAAAAUAUGUCUGUUAGAUCAGGGUAGAAAGGAUUUCUAAAGCAGCUAUGCGCCUCUUUAUGGAACGCCACCGAAAAAAAUAUAUUUUUCAUAUUUCUGGACCUAUAAUAAAAAAAAAACUGAGGGUUAGUAACAAACUAAUCCAAUACUGAAGGAUAUAAGAUCAAAUCUAGAAAAAUAUUUUAAAAUGUAACGCUUAUCUUUAAAAAAAAAUUACUGAAUAACCUAAUUGAAAUACCCCUCGAUCUUAAGCCGACUGCUUUUUCAACAAUACCGAAUUCCUUUUCAUCCCUAUUAAUCUUUUCGCUCAAAAGCCGAGUUGAGGUUUUUCCGAUUUUAGUUUAGAAUCGUGCAUUUUAUGUAUUUAAAUUGCUUACAUUACAGUAUUCACUAGUAAAUACAACUUUUAAAGAAACAACUAAAUUUUCAGCUCGCUGGUUUUGUUAAAUCAACAAGCUUGCUAUGUUUAGUACUAGCCUAGUUGGAGGAUGGUAGUAUAUAUACAAUUUUCCUAGUUUUUCACCAAGCUUUUUAUACUUUUUUAUGAAGCCAAGCAUUAGAACCUUUAGUUAGGUCUAGAAUAGAAUGUAAAACUACCAGAAAAUACACCAUUUAGUUAUUAAGAUUUAGAGAGCUUAUCAUGAAAACUAGAGGUACAAAGAGUAUAGAUUGUAUAUCUUUUAUUAAAAAUGGCUUAUUUUAUGGAGAAAAUCGACUGUACUUAUCUACAACGAAUUUCUUAUAGAUAUAUGAAAAAGAAUCUCUAUUGUAAGGGCAAUGUAGAUCUGAAUUUUAUUUAUUUCAAAAUAUCUGUGGUAUAUUCAUUCCUUAAAAUUUAUUUAUUUAUUUAUAUAAAAUGUGUGUAUGUGUUGUUGAUGUAGUAAAUUUGAAAUAAUAUACUUUAUGUUUCUUAUGA